CAGGAAUUCCCAGUUGGUCUCAAAAUGGGAAGACCCUACAUUCUACAAAACUAGCACUGUGUGACUUUGCGCGUUCUAGAGCACCAUUCUCCCGAGAUGGUAAGCGGAUAACAUUUACCUUCAGGUGCUGCUUUUAUGUAUCUCUUGAUUAUCUUAGUGAUUUUGUCCAAUUCACCUCUUGACAUAAAUUUACUUAUUUAGGUAUGGAAAAAUCCAACAUGAUAUCUUUGUCCGGUGACAACGAUAUCAAAUGUAUUGGUGAUAACAUUACCAUUAAUAAACAUUGUCCUUGUACAGAAAAAUGCCAUGUUGGUCAAGUUAUUUCAGGUACAGGUAGGAAUUGAAUGCUUUAGUCUAUACAAUAUUCACAAUUUCAUAUAAAAAUAUAAUUUAAAAAGAAGUAAGUUUUGUGUAUUUACAAAAAAGAAAAACUCGUGAAUAAAUUUAACAAGACAGUAUAUUAGGUAAUCAUGCGAUGGCGAGUACAAUUAGGGAUUAAUAGUACGAGUGAUGUUUGGAAAUUUUGCCGAAAUUGGACGAGCCGCCGGAUUACUUGUUUAUUAUUAGCAUGACAAAAUGGGAUACUUCUCAAUGUCAACAUCAUAUUCUCUCGCCAAAGCGCAGUCCUGCAAGACCUUCAACCGGAAUUUGGUGCUUUUGUUCGUACUUUUAUUUAGUUAUUUUGCUAAAGCAAAAUUUGAUGCUUUUGUUCGUAUUUUCAUCUAGUUUCUCUAGGGCAAUUUCAUUUCACAUUUGUGUUUAAAAUACCUUCCGCCAUUUUGUUUGUUUUGGGAAAAUCAUUAAUUGUACUGCAGUACAAUUAAUGAAAUAAUUGUACUCCUCUCAACCAAUCAGCAUCCAGUAAUUUUGUCAUGCUAAUAAUAAACCUAGAAACAACCCUAUUUGGGUUAACUUAAUAUUCCUGGUUAAUUUUCCUGGUUAUUUUAACCUACUGCCUAGUUAAUUUAACUGGUAGGCCUUCCUGGUUAAAUUAACUAGAUUAUGUUAGGUAGAUAAAUAACCAUGCAGGGGGGCGCUGUCUAUUGGUAAUAAAAAAUUAGAUAUGUAAUUUUUUUUGUUUAUAUAUUUUUAAAUACUUAAAAGUAUAUACAGUACCUGGCGCGGAAGACCUACCGUAUUUCACUGGAAAAAUAGUGAAAUCCAUACUAUGGAAUUUGCAAUUGCAUGACCAAAUCGAUAGUAUAUAUAUGUUAUUUCCAUGCUAUAUCCAAAUUAUUUCCAUACUCUAUCCAUAGCAUGGAAAUUGCAAUCAGUAUGAAAAUUGGAUUUCCAUACUAUUUCCAACAAGAUCGGGUCAAACUAGAUUUUAUUCAUCGAAGAUGUGACUGAACCAAAGUGCACUAUGCCAAUAACCAGUGUCGCUUAUAUUGUUUAAACUAUACAAUUUAUACUUUUAGGUCCAAGAAGUACUGCGCCUGUUAGUAACUGCUAUGAACCAGUUCAUAAGUAUUGGUCAAGAAAAGAAUUAGAUGAUGAAAUUAAAAAAAUCCAAAAGGGAAAACUUAAAAUAUUGCAUGGAUCAAUUGGGACCGGGAAAACGUCCGCGGCUCUGCGUCAUAUUUUUGUGAAUAAACAAAAGUUUGCUAUAAGUUGGGUUAUAGAUGUCUCUACUGGUGAAGAUAGCAUCAUCGAGUCGUUAACAGAUCUGGCCGAGAAACUUGGUAUAUCGUAUGGCGAGUUGUUCCACACUAUUGAACAAAAAGCUGAAAAUGAAGAUAUCAUGUUUUUGUUAGAUAACGUAGGAACGAACCCGUCUAAUUGUGAUUGGUUUAAAAGCUUGUGGAGCAUCCGACGUUCAAUUUACAUCAUCAUCACAACCAAUUAUCCUUCUUUGGAUUUUCCUGAUGCAGAGCAACUUUGGGUAGAGAAAUUUGAGGAGGCAUUGGACUUUCUUGAGGGUAUUCACGCUGAAAACUGUGAAGAAGAUUUAAAAGAGCUUUGUGAUCAUUUUGGUUGGAAUAUAUUGGGUUUGACAGCUGCAAAACAGUACAUGUUGAAAAAUAAGAUCCCUGCUCUAAAGUAUCUGGAAAUGCAGCAUAACAGGCUGGCAGCGCAGAAAGUCCGUCUAGCGGAGUUAAGUAAUCGUGAUCGAAUACUUUACGAAAGUGUAUGUGCAUGUUUGGAAGAAGUUGACAGUGAUAAAUUUCGUGCUAUUGCUGCCACUUCUUUAAUCUCUAAUAAAAUGAUUCCAGAAUUUUUUCUGAGUAAUCUGCUAUCUUCAAAUGAUCUCCUGGCAAACGUAGCAGAUUUAAACGUUCUACAUGAUGAGCUCAAGUCACUGGUUCGCAUCACAGAAGAAAAUGGUAUUCGGUUCUUUUCUUUUCAUUCUUUUACCCAGUAUGUGAUCAGAGACAUAAUCGCUAUAUCGUUAAAAAACGAUCUACUGUACAAAUUGGCGGGAAUAUUUAUGAAGUAUGUCAGUAAAGAUAACCGUUUUUCGAAAGGAGAUUUUCUUCAGCGUACCGUUCGUGAACAUGCGGAGAUAUUUCUGCGAGAGUGGGAGAACAAACAGAAAGAUGAUCGUUCUUUGAUAGCAUUAGCUCGGUUAUCAGAACUGGUUGGCUUCACCUACACUCAGCAACAGCCUCCUUCACAACAUAAACUGGACGUUCACUUUAUACGUGCUAGAAAUCUGCUUCAUGAGUUGUGUGGAAUAACCGAGGAAGAUUUACAACCUGAUGAUAGUCUUCUUUGUAGUUUAUUAGGUCUUUGUUGGGGAAGUUUGCUUGAAGACUCCAUGUAUGGUAUUACCAGGACAGAUUCAGCAGUCGCGCGUAAGUUGUUCACUAAACUAACUAAGAAGAGUUCAGAACUAUCCCCAGAGAUAAUUAAUGAACUUGUAUUCUUGCGAACUGUAAACAAACAAGAUUUUGCUUUGUUUCCCGAAGUUGUUAAGGAGACUCAGACGGUGAAGAAAACGGUCGAAUCGUCAUAUCCGCUUUCGCCAAAUGAUGUUAAGGUGCUCGUUGACCAUGGUGCGGCAUACAGCGUUGAUCGCUAUCGUGAAUUGUUUCUACCGGAACUUUACCUUUCAGUGAUUUACAGCUUUGGCAGAAAUUAUUUCUACAGAGAUAGAGCAACAGCCGAGAAUCUGAGCUUUUACAUCGAUCUUUUGAAGCUAGCGUAUUGUCUUUCACACGAGAUCAGCAAGCAAAUGAAUCACAAUGAGCAUGUCUUGCAUGAAUUCUCGGUGCAAGCGAAUGGUCUUCUAUAUCUCUUGGUUAAUGACGACUAUAUCAGUCAAGAUGGUACACGUAAGAAGAAGAAUGCUCAGGCCCAUGCUAAGGACUUGAAGAACGCAAUUGAUCGUUACAAACAGUUUAUCGACGAUGAACGAACAUUUUUCGAAAUGGGGAUAUUGAAAAGAACGAAGGAUGACACGUACGGCAAGCUAGUUUGUUAUCAGCAGAUCUUGAGAUGCUACAAAAACUUGCUAUCACUCAAGAAUAUUGAUCGUGAUCAAUACAUCGAAGACGGCGUCCAACUUUGUGAUGAGCUUUUGCAAUUAUUGGAUAAAAUCGCCACUAAAGAUAUUGGCCGAAAGAAAGAAGAUCUCGUUCGUUAUUGCAAACAUAUGAAUGCUGUUGCUGAGUUUUAUAUAUUUAUCAACCGGGAAGAACAUUAUUCUUCAGCGAUAAAGAUCUUUACCAUCUCAGCCGAACAUGCUGAAAAAUAUGAUAUGACCUUCUUCUAUCUUGAAGCUUUGGUUGGCUUGGCAGAUAUCUUCAGCAGAAUUGGCAAACAUCGCUUCUCUGCCACCCAGGUUUCAAUUCGUCAUCUCAAGCGAUGCAACAGCAAGGAAAGUCUCCUUGAAAUGCAGGGCCAGAAGCGUCAUAUCCAAGAAAGAAUUUCCAGAAUUCAAAGACAAAACGUAGCAAUGAUCCUCAAGCACUGUAUUCGAAUUCUGCGCAGACGCAAACGAGGUAAAAAUCACAACAGUGCAUAUCUUAAGUAGUUUAAUAUUUUAAUUUUUAUAAUGAUAUUUUUGCAAACAUGAGGUAAAAUCGAAAUGAAAAAUUGUAUCAGUGGCAGCUUUAUAAAGGCCCAUUUCCAAUCAUUUGUUAUAGAUGAGACAUCCCAGCGCUAUGUCGACGAAUCUGACGCAUGUGAAGUGCAAGUGGAUAGUGCAUCAUCUACGUCUAGUGCAAAUGGUAAACAUGUUUUUGUCUUUGCAUGUACGUUCUUGAAAAUUGUUGUACUUGGCUUUUUAAACCGAAAUUCGUAAACCGAAUUGUUUAUAGAAUUCCAAGCUCCAAAUUCUAAUCCUGCGUUUUUUCCUUUAUGACAUUAUAGUCGGAUUGUUAGUGUAAAUUCAACAUACAAGUCGUGUUUUUAUCGCUUUCCAAGCAUUUGAAAAAAUCUUCUUAAAAAAAUCCGGCCUUCGUACAACCGACCCCCAGACAAUCAGAUAUGAUUUCUGUUUCACAUACUUGCUGGUCGACAUAGCACUUGUCAACUUGUGUGCUGUCAAAAACACACAUUUUUAAUAUUUUUAUUUUACCUAGUUUCACAUGACGAGAUAGAAGAUGACGAGAUAGAAAAUUCUAGUAGUAAGUUGGUUCAACUAUAUCUUAUAAAGUAAUUUAUGUUGUAAAGUUUUAUAAUAUGUGUAUCUUUACUUUGAGAUACUUCUAUUUGUUUAAUCUAGUAUGAGAAAAUUUGUAACCAUCAUAUUGUUUCAUCAUGUAUUGCAUGUGGAAACGUCGUACGUUGAAAAGUGAUGUUAGAAAAUUCGUACGAGCAAUGAGGUUACAGCAGCCGAGCGUUUUAUAUCUGAAAAAAACACGAGAACGAGUGUUUUGAAUAGCUUAAAAUACGUCUACAAAAGAUGCCAUCUCAUUAGUUGAAUAUUGCACUAUUUGUGAUUGAAUUGUUCUCGUAAGGAGAUAUUUACCAUGUAUCUAAGAAAUGGACCCCAUAUAUGAUUUCUAAACUGAUUAAAUGAAGUUCCCAUUAUGCUUUGCACUCUUAGAGUUUAAGGUUUAGAGUUUAGGACAACCUUUUUUGAAUGAGCUAUAUAUGGAGAUUGCCUAUAUAUACUAAAGUUACAUGACCAGUAAAGUAUACGGAAACUUAUAUACUGGAACAAUCAAUAAUCUUGUGCAGAGAUUGGAGUUUAUCACACUGUGCGGCACCGUCUAUGAAAUCUACAUACAUAGGCAGGACGUUUUAUAUUUGACUUGCACAGAAAAUGUUUAUUUUUGGAUUUUUCUGGCAGGAAGAGAAAUAUAUUUUCUAUAGGCCUGAUAUCUACAUAAGUUAGAAGUUAGAGUUUAACAUUUUAUUCUCCUAUAUAUGAACAGCUUGGGUAUAUAGGAAAAACGUUUGAAAUUUUUGUAUGUAUGCAUAGUGAUCAAUUACAUUACCACAUAAGUAUGACCAUGGAUAAUAAAAUAAAUGGAUAGGAAACUAGCUGACGUGGCCUAAUGUUUUCAAUGGGCUGAUGGCGUGGUUGGAUGUUCAAACCUAGUUGCAAACCAAAUUCUCAAAAACGGCAUGUUUAGCAAUAAUACAGCUAAACAUUUUAGCCAAAGAGCAAAUAAAGAUAACCACGCCAUUCUACGAUUAAAACUCUAAGUAUUCCCAGUCAAUUUUAGCAAAUAUUUCAAGCACUAAACAGUGAAAAAUACAUCGCAAAUUUCGUUAAAAUUUGUGACGCCAAUUUCGUAGCUACAAAUGUAAAAAAAAUACAAAACAAAGACGAAAAACAUUUACCUUGAAUACUUUGUCGUGGCUUAGUCAUGUUUUUAAAACAAUUGGACCAGUUUAUGCUUCAAUAUCACCCUUUUAAAGUGGAAAAUAUAGCAAAACAACAAAAAUGCCGAGAACUUUGGUAAUAUUCGCAAUACGCGUGACCGCCGUCACGUCACGUUUUUCAAAAGGAUGAGUCAAUGACGUCAGGAAGUUUCCUAGAGUGGUUCUUAGAGUCUCGUUGGUCUAAUAACUAGUUCAUUAAUAAAACCAAAAAAAUUAUUUUAAUAAGCUCAAACUGAAAUUCAAAUUAAAAAAGGUUCCAUUCACAACUCUGAAAUCAAAGGAGACUGGAAUGAUAGCUUGGCCGGCACCAUUGAAGCCGCUUAUGAUGACUGCCAUGAACGAACGAAGAACAUCACACUCGGAAAACAUCGUUUUAUUCACGUUUUACACAGCAGUUUGCCAAUGUCAAAAAACUAGACUGUAAUACCAAGUUUUGGAACCGUAGAAAUGUUUUAAAAUGAUUUUUUGCCCAAGUUGGAAAAUUACAGUUGACUGAAUUUCCUGCACCUCAACCAAUCAUGCGACUUGAUCAUUGAAUAAGAACCGUCCAGUAGAAAGGCAACACGUCUCGCAGGUGUUCUUUUGGCCCUCAAGUCCUGCUAAGUUGAAUCUCAAUCCUGCCUAGUCUAUGUAGUCGCAGUAUAGUCCAACUCCACUAAAAACGUAUCAAGAUGUUUGAUAGUAUAAGUUCUCUCAAAGUUUGCAUUGCGAUAAGACAAUUUAUAUCUCUUGGCUUGUUUAAGACGCCAAGCCCAAUUAUAUUGCAAUAAUGAUAGUGAUAUACAUUAUGUUUCAUAAACUUAAAAAGUUGUGUCUCCCAACCCAUGAUUUACGGCAGUGAUAUGAUAAGAAAAUAUUAUUCAGAAUUUGUAUUCAAAACUCGUAUUUUUCAUUUAGCUUUAAUGGAAGAAAGAAAUGAAGAACUCCCAAGAUCAAACGGGACUUUUCAACAUCCAUCUAGCUCGGCAUUACCCGGCAAUUCCUCACAACAUCCUUUUCCAGAAACCAACCAAGACCACAUGAAUGCAGAUACUGAAUGUCAAAAACCUCAAGGUAUAAACUGCAGAGGGUAUAAAAUAUACUGCACUACCAGUUGCAACAGACUAUUCUACAAUACAGUCGAACCUCUCCUAUCCCUCUAAAAUGAACAGUUGCUUGUCGUAACAAAAUAUAUUUAUUACUGAUACAUACACAUAAAUACGACAAGCUGGUUUCCAUGAGGGGCUUGAUCUGACAAAAAAUACUGUUAUACAAAUCUAUCAUCAUCGAUCCAUAUAGUUAAGAAUAUGAAAUAGGACGAGCCAAUUUCAAUUUAGUCAUUCUUUAAUUUAUAAUCUUUUGAAAAUAAUUUAAUAUACAGUAGAACAAUUUUUGUGUCAUAGGGUUAUACUAGUUACUCCAAAGUGCAGUUCCAUUAUAAUUAUAAUCAUAUUUUCCGAAUUCUUUCUUCGCCUUAGGAAGUGCCAAUUCGGUUUCUCUACUACUUUAAUGAUAGUUUGUGUAUAUUAUUUGUUGAAGGAUUUUGUAGGUUUUUCAACAUUUAUUGAGACCAAACCAGAAACAUUUGCGGAAAAUGCAACUAUAGGCCUUCUGACCAGAAUCGACCCUGCAGUUCAUUAUUAUAUCUUGAUUAUAAAACUUGCGGUUAGAGGUGGACACUGUAGUUCAGUUGGUUGGAGCGCUGCACCACAAUCACAGUGUCGCAAGUUCAAAUCCUUGAAGGCCUAUGGUUGCAUUUUUCGUGUCUGUUCCUGGUUAGGUCUCAAUAAAUGUACAAAAUUUACGUUCGAAAUUUCCAUCUACAAAAUCCUUCACAUUUGUUCGAUCGAGUGAGAUGCUCAAACAUCCUGUGUAUGCUAUGUACAACUUCCUUCGUUUUAGGGACGGAGUAUUAGAAAAGUGAAGUGGUAGGUGGGGGGUGGGGAGGUUUCUGCCAUGCAUAGAUUUUACGGUUGGCUUGGUGUUUUUUUGUGUUGUGAUAUAUUUUCUCUGCCUGCACCUUCUGGCUGCAUGCAUUUUAUUUGAAACAUUUUUUGCUUGUAUGGUUAUUUUUGGUUCAAAACACGGUGAUGACUUCAGUAAACGAACACCACUCUGAUAUGUAUAUUGCUCGUUCCCUUCAGUGUCCUUAUAAAGGAGGUUCUUAGGAAUUUAUUCAAGCCAGGUCAGCACAUUCUUUCUGACAUAUGUUAACAGGUCCUGACAUUUUUUAUAGAUAAGUAUAUGGAUAAUCAUUUGCUGAAAUUGGCUCAAAAUAUCCCUGGAGACUGGAAAGAACUGGCAAAAUUUCUUGGUAUUAGCGAUAGCAAAAUAAAGGAGAUUCGCUUGAAUAAUCUGGCUGAUGUGGUGUGGCAAGCAUAUAUGAUGCUCAAACAUUGGUGGACAUCUCGUCAUCAAGCCGCGCAGUCCUGGCGCGAGGAACUUCGCAAAGCUCUGUGUGAAAUUGAUAGACAAGAUUUAGCUCAGGAUUUCACAGGUGAUGUUCUUCAAACCGAUACAUGACGUGUUGUGUACCUAUAAAAAACUUUUUAAGGUGAACUUAUUCUAAAUUAGAUUUUUUUCUGCACUUCACUUGGUUGAAACUGAAUGGCGGAUAUAUAUACACUGUUUAUACCUAACCAGGAACGGUUGCGAAAAAUGCAACACUACUGUCACUAGGUCUUAGUGUUACAUUUGUUAAGUAUAUCGUCAUUUGGAUAAUCCAUCUACUCCAAUAUUCAACUUUUUAAUAUGAUAAUAUCUUAUUUCUUUUGACGUAUGUUUUUCCGAAAUUCUGCCUUGAAGGUCCUUUCAAAAAACCAGUUCAACAUUGUUUCGCAACCUUAUCCCACAAUUAAUGGAUGCAACAUACUGGGUUUGUUCAGACAUGGUUGGCAAUGUUGCAGUUUGACUUUAUUUAAAAGUUUCAUCCAACGUAGUUUGACAUUGUGGCUUAGUAUCAUCCUACAUUAGUUAAUGGAUACAACAUGUUGGGUUUCAGUUCAAACGUUAUGUUUGCUAGUGAUGUUAGCUGAUGUUUAUUCAAGUUUGACUUUUUCAAAAGUUUUUUUCAACGUCAUUGUUGGACUGGUUUGACCUAGUCAUAGGAAAAACGAUAUGUUAAAAAUGUAAAACAGGGGCCGGUUGUAUAAAAAAGUGAUUAAAGUUAACUAUGAUUAAGUGCAAACGUCGUCCAGUAAGAAGCGCCUAUUUGAGAGUUAAUCACUAUGUCUAUGUAACUACAAAAUAGUGAUUAAAAAAGUGAUUAAGAGUUUAAAUACAACCGGCCCCUGGAACGUAUUUGAAAAAUUUCAUUUUCGUUGCCGUUUUGAACUGUUGAGCUUGAACUUGCGUUUAUAAUCGUCAAAUUCUAUUCGGUAUAUUGUUAAAAAAGUAAGUUCAAGAUGUAAUACACUAUGUAAUCAUUAUAGCAUUGAAAUGCAAUUGAACAUUUUACUAUGAUUUUAUUAAUAUCUGCGAAGUGAACUCACAUUAUAUACAUUGCAUGCAUGCUCUUAGUAAAAAUUUGGCGACUAUACAUGCCCACCAGAAAGAGUUGCAUUUUCAUCUUGCCUAGGCUACAGCUUACCAAUUGUAGUGAUUCUGCGUUGUUUUGUGUCUGUGAAAGCUCGUGUUUAUUCAGUGGACAAGGUGUUUCGCAAAUACAAACAAUCAUGCAGUUUAUUAUUCGCUCGGCACACCUAUAUAUAAUCAGAAGGAACUGGUGAUCUCUAUAACGAGGGUCCUGAAGGGGUAAAUGGGAACUGGGAUUUGCCUAUUUUUGGACUGGGUAAAUGGGAUUUGGGUUACUGGGCUGUCUAGUAUUUGGCAAAAAAUUACUGGAGUUUAUAGACCUACAUUUGGUUAAUUUUUAACAAAGCACUUCCGGUUCAGAAAAUGCAAAAAAAUUUCCUCCGCUUUUUCCAUGAAAUUUCCUGAUAUAUGUGAAUGCGCAAUACACCCUUCCGGGAAGUACGGCCUAUAGAGCCUCGUUUUCGUGAUUGAGGUGUUGGGCUUUAACUUAUGUCACAUACACGAAGACGAGGCUGCAUAGCG